AUGACAAUUAAGCUGGUCGUUGGACGGUUUAUUUUGCACAUUAUUAGUGCUUAUGCGCCUCAAACAAGCUUGGGAGAGGAGGAGAAGAGAUGUUUUUGGGAGGAUUUGGACGAGAUGGUGGGAGGUAUACCGCCCACUGAGAAGCUAUUCAUAGGAGGAGAUUUCAAUGGACACAUCGGGUCAAUUUCUGGGGGAUAUGACGAUGUGCAUGGAGGUUGUGGUUUCGGGGACAGGAACGGAGGAGCAGUUGCACUGUUGGAUUUUGCAAAAGCCUUUGGGCUGGUGGUAGCCAAUUCGAGUUUUCCGAAGAAAGAGGAGCACUUGGUAACCUUUCAUAGUUCAAUGGCUAAGACGCAAAUAGACUUUUUACUCCUUAGGAAGGGCGAUAAAGGUCUCUGUAAAGAUUGCAAGGUGAUUCCGAGUGAGAGCCUAACGACCCAGCAUAAGGUCUUGGUAAUGGACUUGGAGAUCAAGAUGAGGAAGAGAAAGAAGGUCGUGGAUGACAAGCCUAGGAUCAAAUGGGGGAGUUUGACCAUGACAGGUGCCCUGGAGAUGGGGGAAAAGUUGAGGGUUAUGGGAGCUUGGGAGAGUAGUGGGGAGGCAACUGAUAUGUGGGAUAGGACGGCCAGUUGCAUUAGGGAAGCAGCUAGAGAGGUGCUAGGGGUCUCGAAGGGUAGUCGUUGCCUGCACCGAGGGGACUGGUGGUGGAAUGGAGAAGUUCAAGAGAAGGUAGAAGCAAAGAAAGUAGCAUUUGCGAAACUCAACCGGAAUAUUGAUUCGGUCAUACUGAAUUUCUGCCGGAAGUACAUGGUUUGCUUAGCCCAGAGUGACGAGGCUGAGGAUGAAACCGAGGCUCGGGUCGAUGUUGACACUCUUUGCCAUGCCUGUCCCUCAACUGCCAAUCCACAGUUUGUCUGGUUAGAAAAUCAAAGGCAAGGUUCUACCCCCGAGGCCCAUCAAUCUUACAGUGAUAGCAAGUUGGUAGGUACCUACCUUACUCUGGUCCGUAAUCUUGCUUCCCGAUGGGAGGUUGUCCUUUCUGGCCACCGAGAAGGAUCAAAGCAAGAUAGAUGCAGUGUUCUUCGAAUGCCUUCUCAAAGGGGUGCACAUGCUACUGCCCAGACCAUGAAGAAGAGGAAAGCUCAUUGCCAAGAGGCUGCCCAUCUUCACGCUAAGCUUAUUUCUUUGCAGGAAAAGUCGUCGGAAUAUUAA